GCGUGAUGACGUAUGAGGUCCCCGCCACCAAUAAACACACGGCGAUCAUGAAGGAAGACGACGGCCUGGAUUCUCCUCUGCAGGUCCACAUCACCCAGUACGCAGACUCCGUGGCCUCCCACCUCGCCAAGAUCCUGGACUCGGACAAACACAGCGACGUCAUUUCCUCCGCCAAGUUCCUGUGUGGGACGGUGAACGAUUUCGUGGCAGAGGUGGGGAAGGCGUACGAGAGAGCCACAGAGAACAAGGAGGAGGCCGACGCGAUGGCAAAGAAGUGUUCGCUGCUGAAUGAGAAGCUCGAUUCCCUCGUCAAGGCGUUAAGCGAGGAGGCAGAGGCUCAGGUUGUGCCGGCAGGUUCCGUGCCGAGCCAGGAGAGCGGCAGCUCGAGCCCCGGCGAAAGUGGCGGAGAGUCGGGGUCCGAGGGCAAAUCGUAUCGGUCCAAGGAGCAGCUGAUGCUCCGAGCCAACAGCCUGAAGAAAGCGCUGAGGCAGAUUAUCGAGCAGGCGGAGAAAGUGGUGGACGAGCAGAACCGACACACGCAGGUGCAGAGGAUGUCGUCCUCGUCCUCCAUCAAGCGAGAGAACAGCGAGGAGCUGAAGGAAGCCGAGCCACGUCAGGGCGGCUUAAGUCCCACCUCCCCCAUCGUCCUGGAGAAAGCAGAGAGUCUCAACACCGUCACCUUCAACGAGGACUCAGUACACUGUUCAGAAAAGUGUGUGAUGAACAACUACUUCGGGAUCGGCCUCGACGCCAAGAUCUCCCUGGAGUUCAACAACAAGAGAGAAGAGCACCCGAAGAAAUGCAGCAGCCGCACAAAGAACAUGAUGUGGUACGGAGUCCUGGGAACCAAAGAGCUGGUGCAGAAGACGUACAAGAACCUGGAGCAGAGAGUUCAGCUGGAGUGCGACGGCGUCCCGGUGCCUCUGCCCAGUCUGCAGGGCCUCGCUGUGCUCAACAUCCCCAGCUACGCAGGCGGCAUCAACUUCUGGGGAGGCACCAAGGAGGAUAAUAACUUCGGGGCUCCGUCGUUCGACGAUAAGAAGCUGGAGGUCGUGGCCGUGUUCGGCAGCAUGCAGAUGGCCAUGUCCAGAGUCAUCAACCUGCAGCAUCACCGCAUCGCACAGUGCCGUCAGGUGAAGAUCACCAUCCUGGGGGAGGAGGGCGUCCCCGUGCAGGUGGACGGAGAGGCGUGGAUCCAGCCGCCCGGCAUCGUCAAGAUCGUCCACAAGAACCGGGCGCAGAUGCUCACCAGAGACAGGGCGUUCGAGAGCACGCUGAAGUCGUGGGAGGACAAGAGGAAGAUUGACAGCUACCGCUCCAGGCCCCGCCUCAACUCCCAGCAGUCCAUGGAGUACCUGACGGACGAGGAGUGCGCUCAGGUCCAGCAGCUCAGCAUCGUGGCCGACACGCUCAUCAACAAGAUUCGCGAAGCAGCCAAGACCCACAAGCUGGUGGAGCAGGAGUUGGCUCACGCCGUCAACGCCACCGCCCUCGUGCUCACCGAGGCCAAAGUGUCCAGCCCGGAGUGUCUCAGUCGCAGCACAGCGGUGGAGAUUGUGAACAUCAGUAAAGUUCUUCAGGGUGAGACCAGGAUGCUGCUCGAUGGAAAACUACUGUCGGAGUCUCCAGAGGAAGAGGAGCUCCGGUCGACUCUGAACAGCCUCAGUGCCGAACUCCACAAGCUGGACGACAUCCACUGGAUCUGUCCGCUCAUGCAGUGCUCGGAGGAGGACUCGGUGAGGAGCAGUAAGAGCAGCAGCAUGAAGCUGAAGAUUAUACCCAAGGUGAAGAAGGAGAGAGAGAAGCUCCACAAGCAGAAGUCCAACAGUUCUCUCUCAGGAACUUGGGAAAUCAAAGGGGUCGGUGAGGCAGAUUCUUCAGGCAACUGAAACCCUGCGUGAGAGUUUACUGCCGCCGCCAUUACCCUGACAACCAGGGCUGAGGAGUUCUCCUCCCAGUGGCUUCACAGAGGAAGGAACAUCAUCUCCCAACUUUUAUGCUAUUUCCUCCCUGUGUUACUCCUCCGGCCUUUUUUGAAACAGGGAGGAACCUUUUUCCUGUUGUUUGAAUUAGUUUGAAGGGGCUUCGCAUCGCUUCACCAUCAGCGUUUUGUUUCUGUUUACCUGCUCCGGUCAGCCAAACAGGAUGAGGGAGGCGCGGAACGACGUCGCCGUCCUCGCCGACGUCUUUUUGACGGCCAAAUGUUUACGUGGCGCUCUCCUCGCAUGCAGAGUGCAGCCAUCUUAUUUUUGAUCCUAACUUCAGUUGUUUUGUUUCUGAACUUCAGAAAAUCCUUUAUCCUUUUUUCUUGAGACUUUCUAAGAGUAUUUAUUUCUCGUUGCUUCGGCCGUGAGAACUCCGACGGCAACAAAUGAACAAACUGAAACAUCUCAACGUUAUCGUCUACUGAACUGCAGAAUAUCUUAAAUGUUGCAAAAAAUAUACUGAGGAAUGUACUUGUGUGGACUUGUAUUAACCUGCAGAUUAUAACGUUAAAUGAUAAUUCUUUUAUGAUUUCACAAAGGUUCUAUUGUCGUGGUUCCUGAUAAGCUGUUGUGUGACUCGUGUGGUCCGAGGCUGCAAAGAAUAAUGUUCUCAGUGACAAAGUCAUUUCAUCUGUAUUUCAGCCUUAUGAAAAGAUUGAGAGGUUUUAAAGUACGGUACGUCACUCGGUUAUUCUAAAGUUUUUAAAAUGUGAUUUAAGUGUGGGGGGGUUAAAACCCCAUCCCGCUGUGCAUUUCACUUCUUCUUUGAGGAACGUUUCGAGAAAACGGAACCGGAUGAAAUGACUCGAUAAGUUCGACAGUUUACGGUGAGGAAGCAUAUUUCUUACUACUUACUUUACUUUGCCAUACUCUUGAUUGUAUAUGUAAUAUAAGAAUAAGAGUCAGUGGAUAUUUGAUUUUUGCCUUGUCUGUGGUUAAAAGCUAUUAUUAUUAUUAUUAUCAACAUCAAAUAUCUAUUUUUUAGUAUAUCUUAUUUUCCCAAUGGUAACGUGUGAAGCUGUCCUGGCUUUGCUGCUUCACCCUUUGACAAACUCGGCCACUGUGCAUAUAAUGGAAGCCAGUUAAUGCUGUUGCGUGUCCCUGCAUGUAAACUCACAGUCGCCUCAUAAACAUGAAUCUUUAGCCUGAUUGUUCCAACCAGUGGCAUUUGUGCAAUUUAACUUUAUUAUUAUCUGCUUGUGGCAAGAAAACACUGGAGAGACGUUUUAUUUUAGUGAAGGAAAACGAACGAACGUCCAACGUCUCAAGCGAGUUAUCAGACUUCUGAUUUAAAAUAGGUUUUUAUUUUAUUUGGCUGCAGCCAGAAUAACCACAUGCAGUGAAAAAAACGUGCUGCUGUUUGGACACAUUCGGCUAAAAUACUGACGUUUACAAGUUGUACAGGACGGAUCCUUUAAGAAAAGUGAUUACUCAAGCAAAGGAAAAAAAAGGUUCUGACUGUUGUUUAAUAUAUACACACAGUAAAUUCAAUUCUUUCAGUUUAUAACGUUCAACCUGACUGGUCUGAGAUUAAUGUAUUUGUUAAAUAAGCGAUAAUACAUUGCUGUCAGUGUGUCAUUUUAAAUUUAUAAUAGCUACGAUGAAACUAACUAAUCAGAAUUAGGCCUGAGUCAGAAACCCACUUUGACAUUUAAACUCUUAAGGGAUCAUUUCCGUGCUUCUUGAUUUUCUGUUAAUCAAACAUUUAUGGGACUGACCCGAGCUAACCCUCGAGGGGGCGGAGUUACUGUGAGUUGUCGUAGAUUUUCAGAUCUGGUUAAGAUUGUGCUACUGUGUCCAUCGUGUGCCAGCUCUACACCUUAGAGGCUUUAGUGAUGUCGUGCCAAGUUUGUACCGAGUUCAGUGGAUUAUGAGACAUACAAGGUGUGUGUGAGCUUCAGAUGCAAAAGACGUACGUCGUACAUUUCAAAGUUUACUGUAUCUUGCCUUGCACUUUACAAAGAAGAAAACUUUACGGGGGAAAAAAGACAUUUUACUGUACGUGUGCGCGUGUGUGUUUAAGACUUCGAGUGGGUACGAGAGUUUUUUUUAUUGAUUUAGUGAUAAAGUCUUUAUUUAUGACAAACGUGUAUUGAUGAACUGUGUUCUAUCUAACCAAGUGUAAAAGAAUGGUAGAUGUUUCUUACAUCAGUGGUUGUAUAACUACUCCCACAUAACACCAAUAUUAUUACAUAUGAUUGUCUCAUCCCACUGCCACAGCACUGCCUUUAAAAUGUCUCCAAUUGGUUUUGAAAAUCCUCAGUGUCAUAACAAGUGAUGUCAUGUACAGCUUCUGUUUAAUUGUUUUUGAAUUUUUUUGAAACUUUUUUUGUUAGAAUUAGACACAAAAAUCUUAACAGAUCAUAUUUGUGAAAGUCAAUACACGAUAAAAGCAAAUGCUUGUGUUAAAUGAUAUUUUUUACCAAAUCAUUUCAUAGUUUAUAUUUUAAAGCAUUUGAAUAUAACAUUCAACUUUAUUUGAUUUUCUUCAAGCAGUGAAAAGACAUUUUGGACCUAAACUCUUCCAGAAGAGAAAUGACAGCUGAGAAACUUAAAUGAAUGCACACAUAGAAAAUACAACAUUAGUGAAUACACCCCCUACUCUGAACGGCCUAUACAUCACGACUGUGUGCAGUGCUGGAAGCCAGACUAGAUGUUGCACGACCUUGUACGUUGCGAGGUGUUUUAUUGUGUAAUUGUGUGCAGUGUGUGACAGUCAGCGCAACCCUUUGGAGAUUAAAUGAAUAAUGUGAAGUGAC